AUAGAAACCGUCUUAAAAUCUUUCCCCUAUAGACUAUAGUCUCCGCUGUUGACUCCUACUCACUCUCAAAUCGUGGAGCAUGCAAAUGAUCUUGUUCUUCUCUUCAGGUUAAAUUAUUCCUUUGAUUACUUUAUAUCAACAUUCAAAAUCAUUCAAUUUAGGUCAGCGAAUUAGUCAAAGAGUCGUUUUCUUUUCUCUUCAAAAUCAAAUCAUUAGAACUACAACUACAGUUUCAUAAUCUUGUUCUUAGAUACUCAAAUCAUAUCAAUGGAGGAACUCACUGAAAGAAUCAAAAAACUUGUUAAUUCCGACCCAAACAAACCCUUAACCCCUUUUCAAAUUGCUCUCAUAGAAGAACAAAUCCGUUUAGCUUUCCCAGUUCGUUGCAUUCCUACCCACCCCACUUAUGCUUCAAUGAUACAAACUGCGAUUGAGAAGUUGAAUGAAGAAGGUGGGUCUAAUAAGGAGUCUAUAUCAAAGUAUAUUAAGGCAAAUUAUGAUGAUUUACCAUGGGCACAUGAUACUUACUUAACCCAUCACUUGAAUAAUCUUUGUAUAAAUGGUGAAAUUGGGCUUAAUCCUAAAACCAAUUCCUACUUUUAUGUUACCCCAGCACGGGCCGGGCUUCAGGACAGGAGUUCGAGUAAGAAACAGAAAAGAGGAAGGAAACCUAAGGAGAAUGUGAUUCAUGAAAAGGAGGCAAUUUCUGGGGGAGUAUAUGAAAAUGGAGAUGGAUUGAGAGGGAAUUUGAUUGGAAGUCAAGAGGUAGAUAUUGAGGUAUAUGGUAGAAGCAAAGUUAAGUACAAAAGACAGUGCUCCGUUAACAAAGAUGAUGAAGAAAUUGGAGAGCAGAAAAGUGAGGGUUUUCCAUUAGAAAAUGGGUUUGAAUGUGUUGAGUAUCAGAACCAUCCAUUAACUGUGAAGGAAAAAUGUAAGGGUGAAUGUGUAGGUGAUGAUACUAGUGUAAAGGAUUUGGUUUUGAAUGAAACUCCGCUUAUGAUUGUGCCUAAGGAAGGAAAUAAUUUUCCCAUUUUGGUAGAAAAUAGUGGAAUGAAUUCAAUUUCUGAGAGGAUGUGUGAGAUCCCAGAACAGGAAAAGGAGUUAAAGUCUUCCUCGGAAACGAUCUCAAAAAUGUGCCAAAGAAAAUGGAAGAUCUCUUUCAAGGGCAUGACAAAGAGGUUCAAAGCUAACUCGGAGAAAAAGGAAGUCUCUAAGGAGUCGACGUCAACCUUCCCAAAAUCUUUGGGUCUCGAUGUGCUUGAGACCAAGGUAAGUGGACUGGAGAGUGAAAUGGGGCCACCAUGGUUAAUUCCAAUGUUGAAGUGCGACUUCUUUAGCCCCUGCUCAGUUCAUAAACAUUCAACCAAGAAUGAGAAAAAUAUAUUCUGUUUAGAUUGCAUUGUAGAUGCCUUUUGUCUCCAUUGUUUGUCUAACCACAAUAAAGAUCAUCGAUGUGUCCGGUUAAGGAGGUCAAAUUACAUGAAUGCGGUGAGAGUGAAUGACAUAUGGAAGCACCUUGACAUAUCACACAUUCAGCCAUACAUCGUUAACAGCUUAGAGGUUCUGCAUCUCAAUGCACGCCCUCGACCAAAGAAUGCUACGAGAAUGUGGACUCAUCCCUGUGAAAUCUGUGGCCACAACCUCAACGAUUCCUUCAGAUUUUGUUCUCUUGCCUGCAAGCUUCGAGCAACUGUGGCGGGUACUACAAAGUUCAUGGAUUCACCCGUUGAUCAAAGUCACCAGGAUUCCAGUAUGGAAGGUGGUUUGGACCAGUCGGAACGACACAAGUUCUUGGAAUUUUCUGUUGAUCAAAGUGAGGCUAUAUUUCAGGAACAAGUAGGCAAGGAAGAUUUAGUACCUUUAUCAAAUGAGCAUGUUCAGCUGCAAGAUAUGAUAUCUAAUCCCGCAACUUCCCAUGAUAUGAAUCUUUGUCUGUGGCAAGAAGGGCCACCUGAUCUUCCAAAAGAGGACGCUCGAGGCAGGAUGCAGAAACCGACAGAUGGAACCGAAGAAGAUGCUGAACCUUCUUCAGCUUUGCGUCUUCCCCUUCAAAAAAGGUCAUACAAGUCAUCGACUGAUCAGCAUUCUCAGCAACCAACCAAAGUUCGGAAAAAGGAUGAUCGAGAAAGGUCACAAACACAACUAGGGUUAUCUUCUAAGAAGCAAUUUACAGGGACUCGAAAAAAGGCUCGAGGAAGACCACGCAAGUCAAUAGAACCAGUUGUGGAUGAUGCUGUAGUUUCAUCAAAGUUGGAUAUUCAGCAACCAGCUGAGGAAUCUCUGCCAGUAACUCUCCAAAUUCCUCUGCAAGUUGAAAAGCGCAAGAAGGCUGGCCAAGGAAAGCCUCGAAAACAAAAAGAAGGAACCAACGAAAAUGCAACCGCGUCUAAGAUUCUUCAAAUUGGAGAGCAAGAAACACAGUCUGAAUCCACAAUUUAUCCAGGUUUGCAGAAGCUUAAGAAAAAAGGCCGAGGAAGGCCUAAGAAACGAGAAGGCUCUGCCUCCACGGGAAAUCCAACAACUCCAAUGAAGCUGCAUAUUCGACACAAUAUAAAAAUAAAAAAGAAUAGCCAACGAAGACAGAGUAAGCAGAAAGAUAUAAACGAGGAUGAACUGGAAAUGGGGCCAUCCGAUCAAGGAAAGCAGAUUAAGACGGAAAUUUGUCUUGGUUUAGAGGCUAAGCAAUCAAACACUGAAGUUCAGAAUCUUAACCCAAGCAAUGAAACGGGUAUUCUUAUGCCAAUAACUUCUUCUGAGCCCUCUAAUGUGAUUGUGGAUCAUCAAAAGGAGUAUCAGCAACCUGAUGUUCUUGUUGAGCCUGAAAAAGUUCACAAAACGGAUGAAACAGGAGUCGCCGUGCCACCCUUGGAUGAGGAUAAACAGGAUGAUCGGCAGGCUCAGCAGCAAGAAGUGCUACAUUGCCCGGAACUGAAAUCAGGCGAUUCAGAAGGCCAAGUUACACCUGUUACAAAAAAGUCUAUAAAGGCUACAGCAAUACGGGUUCCCCUAUCCUCGAAGGAUCAAUUGCGCUCAAGGAUAAACCGUCAAUCUCUAGAUUAAUUUGAAGUAGACUUACCUAUUAUGUAUUCUGUCAAGUAUAUCCUGAAAUGCUGCAAGUUGUAACGUAAUUAGACUCUUGUCAAGUUUAGUUAACUUAAUCUCAUCGUAGUACUGUCAAGUUUAUAUUACCUUGUUCUCAUCAUAUUAACUUGAGUAAACAGAGCCGUUUUGAAAA